AUGGUCAACGACGGUAUCAAUGCUGAUCGAUGGAGCCAAUACAUCCGAGAGAUACGGCGUGUGCUGGUUCGGAACGGCUGGGUGCAAUGCCUUGAGAUCUACCUCAAUGUACAAUGUCCGAGCGGCAACUAUCCAGAUGAUGGUGCUCUGCGGCAAUGGAGCAGUAGAUAUAUGGAAGCAAUGUCUCGACUGGGAAAGGACCCACGAGUAGGAAUGCGCCUCGGGGCACUGCUCCGAGCUGGUGGCUUUGUCGAUGUAGAAGAGACAUCAUUUGAGUUGCCGCUGUGCGAAUGGCCUACGGAUGCUCAAGAACGUCAACUGGGCGCCUGGAACAAGGCGAACGUGGACGAGCUGUUGUAUUCGCUCGCUCUAUGGCCAAUGACAUCUCGCCGGGGACUCAGGAUGCCUAUUGAGAAUUUCAUUGAAUUGGUAGAGAAGGCCAGGGUCGAAGCUGGCAAUCCGGCAUUCAAACCGUACUUCACCGUGUAA